GAAAACCCAGGGUUAUUACCACAAAGAAUUGGAACAGCCCGUAAUAUCAUUGACUAUUGGACAUUCAUUCGAAUUUUUGAUGUAAGCACCCUGACUAAAGAAUUCGCAUUAUUACAAACAAAUGUAAUAGAGCUUAAUAACAGCAUUUCAUCUGAAAAUCACGGAGAAGCAUAUAAACGAGAAAUGCACAUCUAUCAAAUGAUCUUGGAACACCUUGUUCAAGAAAUUGAGAAAAAACACAAAUACUACCAAAUAAACGAGCAAAACGUGGAAUAUUAAAUAUCUUUGGAAACGUAAUAAAAUCAAUUACUGGAAACCUCGAUGCAGAAGAUGGCCAACAUUAUGAAGAAGCUAUACAAAGACUACAUAGUCAACAAACAAAACAAAAAGUCCUACUAGAAGAACAAAUAUCAUUGACAACCAAGUCGAUAGAAAAAUUCAACUCAACUAUGAAUAAGUUAGCGACUAAUCAACUAGUUUUGAAAUCAAGAAUUCUUCAAAUAGAAGCAGCCGUACGAGAGCAAGACCUCACGAAAACCGGAAUGUAUCUAUUAAUUAACCUUCACACGACCUUCAUACAGUUAAUUGAAGUAUUGGAUACCAUUUUGAGAAUAAUUGAAGAGUUGGAGACCGCUAUAACCUUUGCAAAGAUUGCAGUGCUCCAUCCUUUCAUUAUUGAACCUGAAGACCUUCUUCAAGAGUUGCAGUAUAUUUCCGAAUACUUAGAUGAUGCCAUUCUACCAUACAGCCCAGAUAGAGAACAUAUAAUUAUUUUUGAAAAAAUAAUUAAUAUAAAAGCCUAUCAAACAAACACGAAAAUUGUGUUCAUCCUUGAAGUUCCAAUUGUCGAACCUGAAUAUUAUAACUAUUAUCACCUAUAUUCCUUUCCUGUUCACGCAGAACAAGAUUCAUACCAGAUAAUAAUUCCUGAAACUGAAUUUCUUUAUCUCAAUGAGCAUCACUAUAUAUUCUCCAACGAGCCAUGUCAAGAAGUCAUCCCAGGAGAAGCCAUGUGUGCACUUCCGGAAGCGAAUCCCAUUGACCAAAGGACACCAUGUGAAGUCAACCUCAUCCUCUUCACGAAGAAGUAUGAGAAUUGCAGACCACAGCACAUCAAACUACGAGACAAGAAAAUCCAGAAAAUCAAUUCCAAUCAAUGGCUUGGAAUAUUUCCCAACGAGACAACUGUCAAAUCGAUAUGCCACAAGGAAGACCAGGCCCUAAUUUCUAAACAACGUCAUGAGGUGUUAUGUAUCAAACCACCCUGUAUCCAGAUAGCCGCCACUACGAAGCCCGAUGCAUGGAGAUACAGCCGUCUUCCAUGGAACUUAGCGAAAAUGCAAGAUCGCUAAAUGUUUAUCUCACUGAUUAUAAUAUUGUUUGC